AACGUCGCUUCCGGUGCGCCGCCUCUCCACCGGCGCCGGAGGUUGGCUCCGUCUUUUCUGCCCGCGGUUGUUGCCAGGAUGAGCUACGAGCAGCGCCGGGGCUGGAGCCGAGGGGGCGGGCCUUCCUCCUCCGCCUCGUCCUCCUCCUCUGGCGGAGGCGGGAGAGGCGGAGGCCGGGGCCGGCCCCCUCCUCACUUGAAGGGCCGCGAGAUCGGCCUGUGGUACGCGCGAAGGCAGGGCGCGAAGAGCAAGGAGGCCGAGAGGCAGCAGAGAGCUGUAGUGCAUAUGGAUGAGCGGAGAGAAGAACAGAUUGUGCAGUUGUUGAACAGUGUUCAGAAUAAAAAUGAAAAAGAACAAGAAGCCUCGUCUUGGUGGUCUGAUGAAGAAAGGGACACAAAAGAGCCUCCUGCCAAACCAAGCCAGCCUGUUGUGGAGAAACCUGUUGUGGAAAAAGCUCUUGAAAGAACUAGACCAACCUUUGAAAAAACAUUCCUAGAUCAAGAUUCAGAAUUUCUCCUACAAGAAAAUAGGCCAGAUAUUAAUUUAGAUGAGCAACUUAAAGAAGAUAUGUUAAAGAAGAGGAGUAAUUCCAGAUAUAUUGAGAUGCAGAAAUUUCGAGAGAAACUGCCUUCUUAUGGGAUGAGGAAGGAGCUUGUAAACCUUAUAAACAGCAGUCAAGUUACCGUCAUAAGUGGUGAGACUGGAUGUGGAAAGACUACCCAAGUUACUCAAUUCAUUUUGGAUGACUAUAUUGAUAGAGGGAAGGGUUCUUCCUGCCGGAUUGUAUGUACCCAACCUAGGAGGAUCAGUGCUAUUUCAGUAGCAGAGAGAGUUGCAGCCGAAAGGGCUGAGGCAUGUGGUAAUGGAAGGAGCACCGGGUAUCAAAUUCGUCUUGAAAGUCGGUUACCAAGGAGACAAGGUUCAAUUUUGUACUGCACAACAGGAAUUGUCCUACAGUGGCUCCAGUCAGACAAGCAGUUGUCCAGUGUAAGUCAUAUAAUCCUUGAUGAAAUCCACGAGAGAAACCUACAAUCAGAUGUUCUAAUCACAAUCAUUAAAGAUCUCUUAAGUAUACGGCUAGACCUGAAAGUAAUACUGAUGAGUGCUACACUGAAUGCUGAGAAGUUUUCAGAAUAUUUUGACAAUUGUCCUAUGAUCCACAUUCCUGGUUUCACCUACCCUGUCAAGGAAUACCUUUUAGAAGAUGUAAUAGAAAUGCUUAGGUACAUUCCAGAAAACACAGAUCGCAGGCCACAUUGGAAGAAGAGGUUUAUGCAAGGACGUAUAAGCAGGCCAGAAAAAGAAGAGAAAGAAGAAAUUUAUCAAGAGCGAUGGCCAGAUUAUUUAAGGCAAAUUAGAGGACGGUAUUCAGAAAGUACAAUUGAUGCACUUGAAAUGAUGGAUGAUGAUAAAAUUGACCUCAAUUUGGUUGCUGCACUGAUCAAAUAUAUUGCCCUUGAGGAAGAGGAAGGUGCAAUACUGGUAUUUCUUCCUGGAUGGGACAACAUUAGCACUCUACAUGACCUUCUUAUGUCUCAAAUUAUGUUUAAAUCAGACAGAUUCAUUAUCAUUCCUUUGCAUUCAUUGAUGCCUACUGUUAACCAGACUCAAGUGUUUAAGAGAACCCCUCCUGGAGUCCGUAAAAUUGUAAUUGCUACCAACAUUGCUGAGACUAGUAUUACAAUAGACGACGUGGUUUAUGUUAUAGAUGGAGGGAAGAUAAAGGAAACUCAUUUUGAUACACAGAACAACAUUAGCACAAUGGCUGCUGAGUGGGUUAGCAUAGCAAAUGCCAAGCAAAGGAAAGGUAGAGCAGGAAGAGUCCAGCCAGGUCAGUGCUAUCACUUAUAUAAUGGUCUUCGUGCAAGUCUGCUAGAAGAUUACCAGUUGCCAGAAAUCUUAAGGACACCUUUGGAAGAACUUUGUUUGCAAAUAAAAAUUUUAAAGCUGGGAGGUAUUGCUCACUUUCUGAGCAAGGUAAUGGACCCACCAUCAAGUGACACGGUGUUGCUGGCUAUAAAACAUCUCAUGCAACUGAACGCAUUAGAUCGGCAAGAAGAAUUGACUCCUCUUGGAGUCCAUUUGGCCCGGUUACCAGUGGAGCCUCACAUAGGAAAGAUGAUUCUCUUCGGAGCUUUAUUCUGUUGCUUAGAUCCGGUUCUCACUAUUGCAGCCAGCCUCAGCUUCAAGGAUCCUUUUGUUAUCCCCUUGGGUAAAGAAAAAGUAGCAGAUGCGAGAAGAAAGGAACUAUCAAAGAAUUCUAAAAGUGACCACCUCACAGUUGUAAAUGCUUUUCAGGGUUGGGAAGAAACUAGGCGACGUGGCUUCCGGUAUGAAAAGGACUUCUGCUGGGAGUAUUUUCUUUCUUCAAAUACUUUGCAGAUGCUGGCUAACAUGAAAGGGCAGUUUGCUGAGCACCUCCUUGCAGCUGGCUUUGUGAAUAGUAGAAAUCCCAAAGAUCCUAAAUCCAACAUUAACUCAGACAAUGAGAAGUUACUCAAAGCUGUCAUCUGUGCUGGCUUGUAUCCAAAGGUUGCAAAAAUUCGAGCAAAUUUCAGCAAAAAGAGAAAAAUGGUUAAAGUUUCCACUAAAACAGAUGGAUCAGUUAACAUCCAUCCCAAAUCUGUGAACGUCGAGGAGACAGAGUUCCAUUACAACUGGCUUGUUUACCAUUUGAAAAUGCGGACUAGUAGUAUAUACUUGUAUGAUUGCACAGAGGUCUCGCCAUAUUGUCUUUUGUUCUUUGGGGGAGAUAUUUCUAUUCAAAAGGACAAAGAUCAAGAUACAAUUGCUGUGGAUGAAUGGAUUGUCUUUCAGUCUCCAGCAAGAAUAGCUCAUCUUGUCAAGGACUUGAAAAAAGAAUUGGAUGACCUUCUGCAAGAGAAGAUAGAAAACCCCCAGCCUGUGGACUGGAACAGUAAUGAAUCCAGGGACACUGCAGUGCUGACAGCCAUUAUAGACUUAAUCACAACGCAAGAGAAGGAAAGUGCCAGAAACUUUGCCCCUCGCUUCCAGAAUGAACAAUACAGUUAAAUACUGUUCCUUCAUGGCUGCAGAGGUGACAGCUCCACCAGAUUUUUGUUGUUUUGGCUUCCUUUGGGCAUCUUGGAAUUCCAUUUUUAGUGUCAGUAGUUUCUGAUGGCUUUGUAUAUUGCAUGCAGUGUAUAAAAGUAAAUGUUUACAUAAUUGCUAUUGCUGCACAGGCCAUUGUAUUUUGGUGUACGUGUUGUACCUGGAUGCUGCUGCUUGUGGACUGUAAUCUUUCUGAGGUAAAUGCUGGAAAAUGGAAAACGAGCUGAAGACGUUUUGUAUUCCACUCAUUACUGUGUUUUUGUUGUCCGUGGAAUUACUGAUUUGCAUUAUUAUUGCCUCCCCCCCCCCCCCCCCCGGACACACACAAACACACACACACACACACACACUUUAACACAUUUUUAGCUUUCUAUUUACUGUACUUUCUCUUCAAAAUCCAAGUGAACUGUUGUUAGAACAAAAGCGUUGCUGGCUUUUGUUAUAACAAGAGAUGUGAGAAUUCUUGUGAGAAGUUUUUCUUUUGGGUAUUUGAGCCAAUGUGUGUACUAGUCUAGUCCCAGUAAGAACCAUGUACUAUCAAAUAGCUGGUGCUUGCGCCAGUAGCUAGGGCUGUCCCUAUAUGCAGAACUCCAGUUAGACACUAAAAAUGCUAUCGAUUGCCUGUUUGGGAUGCAGAACAAGAUUUACUGGCCAUGGCACCUGGUAUAGAUUUGUAUUGUGCUUGGGGGAAAGUAAACCCUUUAAAUUUUAUAAAAAUCACAUAUACACUGUGUUCUGCUUCAGCAUCAUGAAUAUAACUUUUUAAAUUAAAAGCUUAUUUUAUAAACAAAUAACAAAACUGAUCUCUCCCAUAAUUUUAAUUACAUUCCUAUGUCUGCGCCAAAUGCCCAUAUCCUAAUUAUUUUUAUAUGCGAGAUUUUAUUAUCAAGAAUAUUGACAGUAUUAGUGUAUUGAUUUCAGCCAUAGAGUGCAUAAGGGAUUCCUACAAUUUUGGAAGCUACAUCUCAGUCAGAAAGCUGGUAAGUGCAAUUCUCUGGGUCACACUAAUGGAGUGCAUGUGCCUCUCACCAGUCUUCUUCAUGUUUAGUUGUUUAAAUUGUAGGCAUUUGGAACUUCUAGAUUUAACUGGCCAACUUGGUCUGUUCUAAAAUUGUUAAUAAAAAAUAGUUGUCAUAAAUUUAAAAGCUACAAGAGACAUCACUGCUGAGCUCUUUGAUGAAAAACAUCAAAAGUCAUAGUGAGAAUGUAUCAGAUAUUUCAGUGACUGAUCACUGAAACAUGUAGAAUAUUUGAAAUAUGUAUUUAUACUAUAUUCUAGAUUGACAGAAACCCAGGGCACUAUUCUCUGUUGAAGAGUCCAGAAGUAACAAGUUGCCUGUCACAACUAUCUUAUGGACUGAUACAUAUAACGGUCAAGAAAUGUUACACCAAAUUAAAAUGUGUACAAGGCCUUCUGAUUAAACUAUUAUGCUGAGAUCCUGUAUUAUGGAGACAGAAUAAUUUAUUAUAUGCCUUGGUUGUGUUACAGCACUUCAUUAACAGAAUUUCAACCAUGUGCCACUAAUGCCCAAAGCCUGACUGCACACAAUGGCACUUACUGCUUAUGUGGAUUUUCACCUCAGACCAAAUAUGAUCACUAUGCGACAAUGCAAAAUUUUCGGCCCAGAGGCAUAGUAGGACGCCUGCAUACAUUAUUAACUGGAUGCCAGGCAAUUAAUCCAGAAACAAGUCUCAAAAGCCCAGAAAUUAACAAUAGUGUUACUUCUAAAUUUCUACUUUGCCAGAGAGCUAUCAGCUCACUUGGCAUCAUCUACAAGACAGUAAUGAAGUACAGAUGUCAUCUGUGUGCAUAAUUUAUGUGAUCUGUAUCUCUGUUCAAAAAUGGUGAAUGAAAGAAUUAAAACACACAGAUGUACAUUUCUUCCUCCACCUAAUCGCACUUUGUGAAUUUAUAUAUUUAAUUUGUCUAUAUGUCGUCAAAUUUUCCCUGUGCAUAAAUAUUUGGUUGAUGAAGCCAUAAAAGCAGAUGGGAAGAGAAACUAAACAUGAAAGCUCUUUAGUAAUAAAUAUAACAUUUAAAAAUGUAUGCUGUAUUCCCGCCCUGUAAUUUCAACAAUUUGACAUCUAAUGUAGCACAGAAUUUUAAUGGAAAAAUUAGUUAUAGCUUCAUAAGGUAAAUAUGUCUCUUAAGAUUCCAAGAAGCCCCAUUUAUCUUGUAUCGGUUCCUUAUGGUCUUUGAAUGUCAUCUCAGAACAUGAAUGUAGAAUGAGACAUGCUACCUUUAGUACAAGAAGCUGAUAGUUGUAAGCACUGCCAAAAUGGUGAGUAACAUUGUCCAUGACCUGGCCUGGAUGAAGGAGGCAUGUGCUCAAAGUUGUUACUUCCCUUUCCCAUCCUUCAAUGAUCAUAUUGAUACAAUUUCUGGACAGCAAAAAAACCCUUCCAGUUUAUCUUGUCUCUUGGAUUAGAUAUACAGGUUAUUUCUUCAGUACUAAAGAACAUACUUGCAUGAUUUGUUGCAUGAGCAUGGAAGCAGAUUUAUUUACGUGCACAGUAAUGCAAUGUUUCACUGGCUGCCAUCCAAAGCGCUGCUCAAAAACAAACAGCAACACAAGCCGUGUGGAACAGUUUUAUUGUACAGCUUUUAAAAAACAUACAUACUUCCUGUACAUUUGGAUACUUUAGUUGCCUUAUGCAGGGAUUUCAGCACCUGCAUUGUGACCACUGUGUGCAAGAUGAAUGUAUACAUGGAACUACACAAAUAUUCACUGUCUGCUACAAUAUAUAAACAUUACAGUACACAGAUUUUCAUUCACUUGGAAAAAGUUUUAUCACCUUUUGCUUUUUUCUAUUGAGUGACAAGCAGUGCAAAGAAAGGACAAAGUUCCUUAUAAUACAUGGUGUAGAAAAUGUCAUGCCUAUUUACAUAAAAAGGAAAUGCAAUGCAAAUUAAUUGCUAUUUAUAAAUUAAUUACAAAUGCAAUUACAAAUUAAUUCCUAUUUACAUCUUCGCCUGACAACAUAAAUUGCUGUCAGACUCCAAAGUUGAUAUUUAUAAUGAGUCCUUCAGCAGGCAAUGCAAUCCUGACAUGUCUCUCCCUCCUGAGGAAAGAGAAGAAAACACACUUUGGCCACAGACCAAGAGCCUCAGUUGAUAGGCAGCUACUUAUGAAAGCCCAAUAAAAUUCAUGGAGCAACGGCUUUUGAACAAAUUUAGGAAAACCCUUUUCUCUGUGCUGACAACCAGACAAUAUUGGAAAAGGUUCAUCUGAAAUUAUUAAAAACACAUUCCUGAACUGUUAAAUUCUUCAAGAUCUUUGAAAAACAUUAAGUGUACAAGUACCAAUGUGAUAACAGCAUGCUUAUGAAUUCUUAAAUCCAGAUUUGGCAAAUGCUGUAAAUCUCGCAAUGCUUCAAAACAGCUUUCGUGUGAUAGCUUUUUGUUUCCAGGGGAACCAAGCAAAAAGUUCCAAAGCAGUGAUGAGAACAGUAUCUUCCUUUUCUGUCUUGGCAUAUGGUACAUACUGAUCCUUAUUGAAUUUAAUGACUUAAAGUGUUGAAAAUAUACUUUUUAAGACAGCCAGCAUGGAGCAAUCAUUUGCACAUUGGACUAUGACUUUGGAGACUAGGAUUCAAAUUAUCCUUCUGCCAUGAAAACCAACUAUGAGGUCACACUCAUAGCCUCAGAGGAAGAAAAGGGAAACUCCACCCCCGUGAACCAAUCUUGCCAAGGAAGCCAUGUGAUACCUUAGGGUCACCAUAAGUCAGAAAAAAACCUUGGAAAACAUGUAAUUACCAUAAUAUGUAGUUUAGAUGGAUGCUGCAAUGCUAUCCCUUUCUAACAGCUAGUCCAAAGGCUGAUAGCCUUUUUUAUGACCCACCACUGCACCAAAAAGGUGUCAAUUCCUUAUGUAAUUUAGUGUAAUAAACUCUUAAGAAACAAGGUACUUUCUCCUAUUCUUUUAAACAUAUGAAGCAUUAAUGUUGUGUACUCGUGAUGUCAUAAGGAAAACCUUUACAUAUAAGGUGAAUUGUGCAAAUGAAUGAGGACUGAACUGUGUUUGCUACCCUUGCAUGGCAGAGUUCAGGAAUGUAUUCGUAACAUUUAUCACUUUCCUUCCCUGCAUGCUUUUUUAAAAAAACAUUUGCUAAGAAUGUCUAUCAGCACGGAAAGGUCAUGUGAUAAUUUUUGGAACUUUUAGUGGGCUUAAUAAAGGUAUUGCCACAAUA